AUGCAUCACGUAAACAAGCUUGAUCUUGUUCACUCGCAACCACCUGAUUGUUGUGUUUAUGUGUACAAAGCCUCAACAUGUAGUGGAAUAGUAAUAUCAGUAAGUUUUCCAAUAUUAUGGAAUAUAAAACUAAAAAGUUAUCACGAUACAAAAUUGAGGGACGCGGUUUUCGAAAAAUUAACUGAAGAAUUAAAAGCUGAAGGUUUAGUUGAGGAUAUGACACCAAAGCAGCUAAAAUCAAAAAUAAAAAGUAUUAAAGAUGCCUACCGCCAAGAAUUGACCAAAAUUGAAAAGUCAAAAAAAAGUGGUAUGGGAACCGAUGAUAUCUACACUCCUAAAUUGAUUUGGUUUGGUAAAGCUGAUUUUCUACGGGAAGUUACAUCAACAAGAGAGUCAAAAUCAAAUUUAGAUAUACAACCCACAGUGGACGAAAACAAAACGGAUACAGAAGAAGGAGAAUCAGAUUUGAACACUGACAGGACAACAUCGGGUGAACAAUCCUAUCCAUCACAGAAAAGAGUUCUUCAUGCACCGAUCACGAAACCUCCUCCUGCCAAAAGAACCCAAGCCAAAGAAAAACGAUCAUGCGUACAGGGUGCCCUUGAAGAAUUUAAUGAUAUUGUUUCAAAAGUGAACAAACAGGAUGCAUUUGAUGUUUUUGGACAGUAUGUUGCCAUAGAGCUUCGAGAAUUACCUAGUAGGGAGGCAAUAAUACUACAACAACAAAUACAGAAUUUGAUUACUAAUACAAAACUUUCUAAUCUGCCGUCUUCAUCAUGUAUGCCAUCAUGUUCACCCUCUACAUAUGCUCAAUCUGUAGUUUGCUCCACUCCACAACCAUCACCCGAUCCUGAUAGUGUUAUUACUGAAAAUUAUACAUCUACUACAAAUACCAAGAAAAGUACUGACUACGCCAAUGUCCUUCCAAAUACUGUUUGGAACAAAAAGAGUUCUGAUGUGUUAGAGGAAGCCAUGCAGAAUAGUUUCCUUGAUAGUACAGACAAUGCAAUUUAUAUGUCAUUGUAAUUGUUUUAAAAAAGAAGAGAA